AUGUUAAGAACCUAUGAUCCAUUUAAACAAUGGCUUUUAAAAAAAAUAGAGAGAAUAAUCGCUAAAAGUGGCAUAACUGGCAGUAGCGUAGUUGAUACGUUGUAUUAUAACUGCCAAGAUACUCCACUAUCACAUGAUUUACAAUUAUGUAAUGGCAAACAAAAUGAAUACUAUGCAACCUCCGCAUCUUCAGCUUCUUUGGCUAAUAUUUAUAAUGGAUUAUGUCAUUUGCAUGACUAUAAAGGUAAUUGUCUAAGAAAUAUAGACACUGUUAUGUUACAAAGAUAUGCUAUGUUGACCAAGAAAAAUCAACGAGAUUUAAAGAAAAUUGGAUAUUUAGAUAAUAUCGAUAAGGUUAAAAAUGGUGUAAUUAAUGUUAAUUGUAAAACCGUCGAGAAAAUCUCUGCCACCAUUUUAAAUAGCUUGGAUAAAACUAAUGAUAGUACUGGUAUAUUAUCGGAUUUAAAAGCAGUUUUUGAAAAAAAGACGUACAAAACUUUUGAAAGUUGUCCAAAUUAUAGAAUUACCGAAGCCUUGAGUCAUAUUAUCCGUGAUUGGCACACUUCUUUUGAUAAGGAACGUGAGCCUUUACUAUCAUAUAUUGAAGAUCAGUUAAAGAAAAUUGAUACUUCGAAUAAUAAGAGAACAUUGAUUAUUAUGCCUGGAAGUGGUUUAGGUAGGAUUCCUUAUGAAAUCAGUUUGAAAUAUUCAAAUAUUGAUAUACAUUCCAUUGAAUUUUCUAAUUUAGCUUAUAUGUGCAAUGAAUUCAUUUAUCUUUAUGAAGAUAAAAUUCAAUUGUCUCCUUAUCUCACAUACUUCUCCAAUCAUGUUAGUUUGAAUGAUCAAUUGUCCACGUUUGACAUUAAUCUCUCUGGUUAUGUCAAGCCAGCUAAUUUGAAAAUUCAUUUAGGCGAUUUCAACAAAUUUACCAUUCCUAAUGAAAAUGCAGCUCAAUAUGAUAACAUCGUUGUAAUCACAGUAUUCUUUAUCGACACUGCAAGCAAUAUAAUAGACUAUAUAGAUACUAUUGAAAGUUUUAAAAGAAAUUGUUUGAAUAAAGUUCACUGGAUUAAUGUGGGGCCACUAAAAUAUGGCACGAAACCAAUGGUUCAAUUGGAUAGUAAAAGUUUCGAUAAAUUGAGAAAAAUAAGAAAUUGGAAAGAUCUAGAUUCCCAAAUAGACCAUACUAAUGUUGGAUAUAUGACCGAUGAAAAGUCUUUGUACAAAGGUUAUUAUAGUUUAUAUAAAUUCCAUAGUAGUAUACAAUCGUAG